ACAUUCAUAUCGACUUCGCUGGGUUUUCUUCGUAUUCCUUCCAUGCAAGUGGAGUUGAGCUCUGGCUAAAAAUGUUGACAGGGUCUAAAACCACCUUUAAAGUCCGACAAAUGCUUCCAGAUAUUAAGGAGAGGAUGUUGAGUCAGAGUGGGGUGAACGCAAGGAGCCGAGAUGUCUUUGGACUACGAUGCCUACCAGGUGAGUGUGUGCUUCAGAGAGCUGUGUUAGUAAGGAAGAAGCUGUCUGCCAGGGAAGGAAGAGGUUGGCUUUCUGGAACCCUCUUCUGUACUCAUUUCAGAGUGGCCUUUGUGCCUCAGGACAGUCCGAAACCUGAUGACAAUGCAGACCCGGUGCUUUUAGGAGAUCAUGACGUGGCUUUAGCUUCCAUAGAGAAGGUUGUGGCAGUGGGGCCAUCCAGGACCAAACUUGUGACUCCAAACUCCUCUCUGAAGUUCACUCCAGAGGAGCUGGUGCUUUACUGUAGGGACCUGCGAGUUAUCUGCUUCCUGUUUGACCGCCUCACUCCAGACGCACAGGUCAUAGAGAUAACCUACACAAUUGCCAAGACAUACCAGCCCCAUAAACCAGGGUCAGUUUUGUCUUUCCAGAACACUGCACUCGGGAGUGUAGAAAUGAAGCAGUUCCUAAGCAACCGUCGCCGAGACACCCACAUGAACUGGUUUGAGACUACCUCAGACUGGGAGCAAGAACUAGAGCGGUGCGGGGCUACCAGCUGGAGAGUCAGCUCUGUCAACGACCGCUUUGAGAUGUCCACGAGCCUUCCAAAGUUUAUUGUGGUUCCACAGAAAGUUUUGGACACUGAGCUGAAGAAAAGCUUUGCCCACUUCAAUGAGGGACGGAUCCCUCGGUGGUGUUGGCGACACCCCCGAGGCAGCGAUCUACUGCGAAUGGCCAGCUUCCAGAACAAUAUCUACCAUGAGAAAGAUGACAUCAGGAAUCUAGAGCUGAUCCUGUUUGGUGGCCAGUCCUCUCUGUGUGUGGUAGUGGAGCUAGGUGAGGACUUGCCCUCACCUGCAGAUAUCCAGCUUGCACACAGCCGCCUGCGCGCUGUGUGUCUGGGAGAUAUUUCCACAUCUGUAUCAGUGCCCGAUGACAAAUGGUUAUCAACACUAGAAAGCACCCAUUGGCUAGACUACACCAGGUUGUGUUUGAGGAAAGCGUCAGAGGUAGCCUGCUUGCUCCGCGGUGGUCACCUGACCGUGGCACUGCAAGAAGCUGAGGACCGGGAUAUGAGCUGUGUUGUGUCCAGCCUGGUGCAGGUGAUGUGUGACCCAUACUGUCGGAAACAGUACGGUUUCCAGAGCUUGGUGCAGAAGGAGUGGGUGAUGGCUGGCCACCGUUUCUGCAGCCGCAUCAACUACCACCGUGACAAUGACAAGGAAGAGGCUCCAGUCUUCCUGCUCUUCCUGGACUGUGUUUGGCAACUCUGGUCCCAGUAUCCCUCUCGCUUCCAGCUGACAGAUGACUUCCUAUUGGCCCUGCAUGACAGCAUCCACCUCCCACUCUUCUCCACUUUCUUAGCCAACAGCCAGCGAGAGAGAUGCAAGCGUACCCAGGUACAUCUAUCCCAGUCCUACACUCCAGUCAAUGGCUGGAGAGAUGUCGUGGUUCCAGAUUCUUCCUCAGAUCCAUGUGACCCUCCUCUGCCUCCAGUGUGGGACUGGGCCCUGCAGUACAGCAAGGAGAGGCAGGAUCAUUUCACCCAACCUGUUGCUCCGACAACUCCACCCCAGCCACUGCUCAAUGGGAACCUCAACACCAACCCAGACAUGCACAGGAUGAGUGACAUCAUACCUGGCUCAGUGUUCCUCCUCUCUCGGGGCACCUUUAGUUGCCCUGCUAACUUAUUACCCUGGCGCAGCAGCAGCUCGGGUGUUUACAAGAAAAGCCACCGGAGAGCGCCAUCCUCUGAGGGUCUGCCAGGUCUGGAGAGGCUGCUGAAAGCUUGGUCCCUGACUGACUUUCCCCAGAGCUUUAUUUCUGCUUCUGAACCACAAGGAGCACUUGACCCCUAUGAGCCUUUACUACCCCUCCUCAUGGGGCCUUGUAUGGGCUUGUGGAGAGAGUGCUACCUCCGAGGAGCGCUUCAUGCACAGGCGUUCUCCCACCCGGUCUCGGCCAACCACCCCCAUCCUGUGGAGCGACUGGCCUGGGAGGUGCAGCAGCUUAAAGACAAGCUUGAGCUAGUUUCCUCUGGCACAGAUGUUGACACUCCCACUAAGACUGCUGUACCACGACAGGCUGACACAAACCUAAACCACAGCACCAAUAAUGGCACCUUCCUCUUCCCAGCGUCAAGGCCUCAGGGCUUUGGGGUGCCCCGACCAUCACACCCUUCUACCAAUCACCGCCACAGCUCCAGAGGGCCUCCCCCUGCCACAGCCCCUCCCUCCAGGCCCAGCCACAAAGACAGCGGAGGCAUCAACAAGCACACCUUCCUCUUUGGACACUCUUCAGGAACAGAGGCACAUCCUGAUCAGCGCUACUACCCAGCGCCCUCUACAGCAAAGCUGCCGAAGAGCAACACACCGUCGAUAGCUUCCUGAGUCUCUUCGGUUAUAACUGACGCUGUGACUGGGAACUGAAUUCAAAUCCUGCACACAGUGACACUAACCAGUCUCUCACUGGUAUCAUGGAUUGGUGAUGGUGAGAAAAUCCAAAUGUCUGCUUCUUGCAAACCCCAUCUCUAAGAACAUCAUGUGAGGUGACACAUUUGUGUGUGAGCUAGGAAAAGAUUAGUGCAAAGCAUCGUCAUAGUCUGUGCAACAUUUAAGAAUCAUGUCUGGUUUCCAUGUGUGACCUACAGUACUGUACAGAAGCUUUAGGCACCCUCAAAUUUGGAUUAUUCCCCAUAAUUAGAAAUCUUGAAACAUUCCAACAAUUAAUUAUGAUGUUGCACGCAUUAUUUUUAUAGAAAAAAGAAAGGGAAAAUAAGAUUUCAUUAGAGGAUUAUUGCCUGAAACGGCACAAAUAGUUACUGGUGAUCAGUAAACAAUAAAAUUGGGGAAAAAAAAUCAUUAAACAUUUCCCAAUUUUCUUAAGAAUUCCCCAAGGCUGCGAAGUGAUUUGUUUUUUUGUUUACAAAAAAAAAAAAUGAAAAGUGAUCAGAUACUUUAAAUAUUUAUAAACUUUCCAUAUUUAGCAGCUCUUCGUUAUUUGUGAAACCUUGAU